AUGGCACUGGAGGAUGCCCACGUGGCACUCUCUGACGUAGACCUCAACCAAGAUAAAAACCGUGACCGGACGGCACUGGCUGUCAGUUCAGGACCAGUUGGUGCCACGCCGAGACCUUUCUUGCACCAUUCCGUUGCUCUCGCGUUCCCGGCAUUGGUGGUGGGCGCGUGUUGGGGCCACGGGCGGCUGGUGGAACCCCCCUCGCGGGCGUCUGCCUGGAGAUUCGGCUUUGAUGUGCCCGUCGACUACAAUGACGACGAGAGCUUCUGUGGGGGGGUCGAGCACCAGUACCAGAACCAGAGCGGGCGCUGCGGCAUCUGCGGCGACGCGUGGGACGAGAACCCGCGGCCGCACGAGGCCGGCGGGAAGUACGCCACCGGGACGAUUGUGCGCACAUACACGGAGGGCCAGACGAUAACCGUGCGCGUCAACGUCACCAGCAACCACGGCGGCCACUUCGAGUUCCGCAUCUGCCCCAACAACGACCCCAGCGUCGAGGCGUCGGACACCUGCCUCGACAA